GAAACAUACAAACAGGAGUCUUCUGGCUUCACAACCGAUUUGUGAUGGAGAAGAAAAAGCCGAAUCAAGUAGAUGAAUGUCAUGAUUCUGUUCUUCCUGUACAUAGCCAAGUAGUGAAGAUAAAGAAAGAGUUUGAGAAGAUUCAUCACCCUGAGAUGCUGAGUGUGCUUCCCCAUAUCACAGGUCCACGGCGUUCGCGUUCUCCCCUUGGGUUAGGGCAGAGAGACAACAGACCCAUCACCGUUGGGAAUUGAUAACAAAGAAAGAGUGAUAUGGAGAUAGGUUAUUAUCCUCUGUAUUUUUAGGCUUUUACUUUUGUCUUAAUGUAAAUAUAUCUUUCGUU